UGACUUCAGAUAGGAUGACGUAUGCGGAAGUGUUUUAACCCCCCCUUAAGGACAGGACACCGCUAGACUUGCAGGAGGAGAAGCCACGGGGCGUUUGAGCGGCGAGAAGAACAAGAAGAAGCAGCAGCAGCGAUGGAUCGGAUCAGAUCUGCCUUUAACAGUGUGGUUAAAAGUGAGAGGUACAGCAGGUUCACCCUGCAGCCUGCAGAGGACGGGGAGAGACACGUCGAGGUCAAGCUGUCCGAUGAUGGCGCGGAGGUCGAGGACGAGCACGGGCAUGAUCAGGCACCGGGUUCUCCCAGCUUCAGGCCAGCUCCUCCUCAUCAGAGCAGGCGUUCCCUUUGCUACCUGAUCAUGGGAACUCUGCUGAUCUUCAUCAUUGGCUACCUUGUCGGCUACAUCAGCCACUCCAAACCGAAGGUGGCGACGGCGAGCUGUGACCUGAGGCUGGGGACGGAAACUCAAACAAGAAAGAUGCCAACCACAGACGCUCCAGCUGUUCCUCCCGAAGCUCCGAACUCUCAGAUGGACUGGGCAGACGUCACUGAACUCCUCACGCAGAAACUCACCAGCCAGGCCUUCGACAAAACUCUGAGUGAGUUUGAUCUCCCGAGGCGUUCUGCUGGGAGUGUAGAGGACUUGAGUCAGGCAAACCGCCUCUUCAACGAAUUCAAGGGGCUGAACAUGGAUCCCUGGAACGACAUCCACUACAUUCAGCUGCAAAAGCCCGACAGCUCUCGUCCAAACCGGGUCAGCUUUGGUCCUGAUGAAUUUGAGCUGCUCAGUUUUCUGGCCUACAGUGCUCCAGGGAAAUUUACGGGGAAACUGGUGUACGGCAACUACGGCCGUCCGAAGGAUUUUGAAGCUGUGCAGAAAAAGAGCGUGGAGCUCAACGGCAGUGUGGUGCUGCUGCGAGCUGGGAACAUCACCUUUGCAGAGCAGGUGGACAAUGCUGCCAAAAUGGGAGCCUCAGCCGUUCUGAUCUACCCCGACAUUCAAGAUUACAAGUAUGUGGCGAACACGGCCCUCUUCGGACAUGUCCAUCUGGGUUCAGGUGACCCCUACACCCCAGGAUUCCCCUCCUUCAACCACACCCAGUUUCCUCCGACUCAGUCGUCCGGUCUUCCAAAAAUCCUGGCUCAGACUAUCACCGCAAACCAGGCUGCAAUACUUCUACAAAAAAUCGGCGGUCCUGAGGCAGACACAGCCAGUGGCUUUAAAGGCGGUUUGGGUUCGGUGUACAGCCUUGGAGGUAUCGAGGACAUCACAGUCGAGGUGAACAACCAGCUCGUCAACACAGAGAUCCACAAUGUGUUUGGAGUCAUCAAAGGAUUCACCGACCCUGAUCGUUACGUGGUUCUGGGAGCUCAGAGAGACGCAUGGGGUCGAGGUUACGCCAGAGCUGCUGUCGGCACGUCUGUGCUGUUAGAGCUGGCCAAAGCUAUUAGUGAGAUGGUGGAGAAAGACGGCUUCAGGCCCAGGAGGAGUCUGGUGUUCGCCAGCUGGAGUGCUGGAGAGUACGGAAGUGUUGGCGCCACCGAGUGGUUGGAGGGUUACAUGUCCUCUAUCGACAAACACGUCCUCACCUACAUAAACCUGGAUGGAGUGGUCAUGGGUCGAGGGAGCUUCAUAGCGUCAGCGAGUCCUCUGCUCUACAGCCUGCUGGAGAGCACCAUGAGAGGGGUGAAGAGUCCUCUGGGUUCUGGCACGGUGUACGAUCUGGUCGGGAAAUCUGCCUGGCAGACUAAUGUACUGAGGCCGAUGACGAUGGACGACUCUGCUUAUCCCUUCUUGGCCUCCUCUGGAAUUCCCUCCGUGUCCUUCCACUUCAUCUCCCCUAAUACUGAGACGUACAUCUACUACGGCACCAACCUCGACAACUUCGACCACCUCAACUACCAGACCAGCCAUCGCACGGCUGAGAUUGCAGUCCUGGCAGCUCAGUUCGCCGGCCGCAUGGCGCUGCGACUCGUACACGAUCGCCUCCUCAGACUGAACGUGAGCCAGUACAGCAAAGAACUCCUCAAGGCUGUGGCCCAGGUCUACGACCACAUCAACCUGCUCAGGAGGUCCGGUCAGCUGAAGGAUGUGACUCCCUCCUGGCUAAACCAAGCCCGCGGCUCCUUUUAUCAAGCGGCCGAGAGCAUCAAGAACGCCAUCGAUAACACCAACUUGGACGACAUGGAGGCCUGCCGGAUCCUCAACGACAGAAUCAUGAGGGUUGAACACAAUCUCCUCUCUCCGUACGUGAGCCCCACUGACACCCCGUUCCGUCACAUCCUGCUGGGUCGGGGUUCCCACACUCUGGCCUCCAUCGCAGAGACCAACGACAUGAAGCAGCUCCGCACCGAGCUGGCUCUCGCUACCUGGACCCUGCAGGGGUGUGCCAACGCCAUGGCGGGAAACAUCUGGGACCUGGAUAAUGAAAUCUAAAGAACAAGGAUGAGAAAGGGAGGGGUGAGGGGGGUUUGGAGGAGCAGGUGUUGAAUAAUGAAAUAUGAUGUGAGGUGUGAAACAGAGGGAGGAGCUCCAAAUAAGCACUUAAGCACAAGCUGUCAACCAGAGGUCUUAGCCCCGCCCUUUAAAGAAACAGGCUUAUAAAAGAUUAUUGGCGUCUUAAUCCCAAGACUUCAGAAGAGGUAAAAACUGAACCAAGAACAAAACUUGAAGAAAUCAAACGCUACUGAGAGAAACCGAUGCAAGCUAAACCUCCGCUUUGACCUCUUGCUACCAGAUCACUAAGUAACCUUAUUUAUACUUCAGUUUUUUAUCAGUGGCAGUGUCCACUAUAAAAGUAUUAUUUUGUCUUUUUAUACGACGUUAUCGGAAGCAGUGCCUUCCAUAAUUAUGACGGUUAUACUGUCUCAACCUACGGCAGCAUCUGCUACAGAAAUGACUCCAGCUGUUGCUGACUUAAUGGAGCCCCUGAUGAAGUUACAUGUUAGUUUGUUACAGCCUUCAUUUCUCCCUUUAUAUGUGCACAGAGAUCCUGAGAGAGGACCAGGGGAGAGGGGAAGAUCACGGUUUCAUUUCAGCUCUGAAAGAAGAUAGAAAAAAGCUUUUGUCUGUAGUGUUCACAUGGAUUAAGUAAGAUGGAUGGCAGACGAAAGCCUCUAAAUUUAAAAAACAGGCCAAUAGUGUGACAAAAAUUCUGGCUACAAAAGGAAAAUGUGAGUCAAAUAUCUCACAUUGCAAAAAUGAUCCAGACAUUGUCCAAUCACGUGUUAGGGAGCUUUCUGUCAUCCAUUUUUAACUUGUGUUACAAAAGAACAGCAUUCAAAGCAUGCUAAUUUUGGACCAUGAUGCCAUCUGCUAUCAUGAUGAAGUUGCAAAAUAACCAGGAGUAGAAAGAAUGAUGAGUAUCUCUCUUCUUAACACAUCCAGUUUUUGUCCCUUCUCUUGAUUCAAGAAUUUGAUUGGUCAGACAGCAGCACACCUUUCUCACAGGUUUAGCUACAAUUGCAGUACACCCAAAUAAAAAAUGAACCCCCCUCUUACCCCUGAAAAGCAUAUAUAUUUGUUUUGCUGGGUCUGGAUCCAGUCACUGUAACAUCUUUAUUCGGAUCCCCAUUAGCUUCCACAGUGGUCGCUAUUCUUCCUGAGGGUCCACACAUAACCACAAUAAAAAACAGUAAUUUAAGGCCUCACAAUUCAAAACAUCUUAAAAAGGUAUAAUAAAAUAUGGCUGAAAAUGAAACAAGCCAUAACAACCCUGAGAAAAAUCAUCUAAAAAGAGAAACAGGAAAUAAUACAAAAGAAUGCUUUUGGCAUGUGAAGUUCAGCCGGAUCCAAAAAGCUGGAGUUGAAUAAUCUUAAUCUGGAUAUUUAAAAAAAUAAACAUGAUUAUAUUUUUUGCCGUGAUCAAUCAGUCAAAGAAAGCAGCAUCUAAAGGGAGAAAUGAAGGCUACAUAAUGUGUUUUUUUCCUGACUUAGUGUCAGUAAGGAUUUAAAAAAUUUGUACCAAAAAUUAAAACAAGAAGUGUUUUAUUUAUUGACCUCAAGUGCAGAUUUAAACCCCUUGCUUAGUGGAUUUAUUCUGCGCUUCAUGGCAGGAUGAGUUUCAAAAACAAAGUGCUCAAAAAGCCAUCCUCCAACAAACAAAGCAUGACUCCAACAUCUUUUUAAGAACCCAAUCUGAGCUUAAUCGAUUCCAUAAGUUAUCAAGAAAGCCAUUUACUUUGCACAGUCUACUUUGGAGCUGUUAUUAUAACAUGACAAAGUUAUCGGGAGCAGUGUCUUCCAUACUUUAAAAACCCCAUUAUCGGGAGCAGUGCCUUCCAUAAUGACCAAGCAGUGAUGGUAGUUUUUGCCUACCAGUGUGUGUGUGUGUGUUUUGCGUGUGUAUUUAUCGAGAGCAGUGUCUCUCAUAUUUCACUUGUAAGGUGGAACAACUUAUCGGGGACAGUGUUUCCCAGAGUUUUAUACUGUAUAUAUUUAUUUUCUUUGUUUUGCAUUGUGUGUGUGUGAGGGCUCAGUCCUCCAGCUCUACUUUCUGUUUGAUGCUACGCUGCAGAGAUCUACGAGGUGUCCGCUCUGUUAGGCUUCUUUCUUAACCUCUCCUUCUGUUGAGCGACUUUAAAACGUACCAGGAAUACUUAACCUUCAGAUGAAUUCACUCCACGAGCCACAGCAGCUGUCUUUGCAUGUGUUUUACUGACAUGUUUACUCUUUAGUGCAUGUGUCUAUCCUGCUUUAACAAGGUGCAGCUUAGGCCAGAUUUUCAAAUGUUCAAAUUGAAGCUAAACAAAUGUUUUUGUAGAUGAAACCUUAUUUCAUGAUAGAUUUGACUAUUUUCUUCCCUAAAAAAAGGUUUACUCAGGUAACUACAAGGCCUGUUAAGCAAAAUUAAAUUGAAUCAAGUACAAAAAAUUAUAUCAAAUUUAUAAUUGAACUAAAAAUGAUAACUAACAGUUCCAGGAAUUCAACAAACCUGGCUAUUUCAUGUUGAAAUGAUCAAAAUCAAUUCAUCAUCAACAUUAAAAUCAUACACUGUAAAUGUAUUUCUUUUAUUCUACCAUUAACUAAAGAGCAAACUAAAUGUUGGUUUUUCAUUACUGAGUUUCAGAUGAUAACAUGUUUGGUUUAUUUUUGUCAAAGUCUGUGUUUACCUCUUAUGUUACAAAAACUGUAAGUGAUGCUGGAAAACAUUUUUACACUGUGUGACUUAAAUACUGUAUUUUCUGUGGUGAUUCUGUCUUUCAGGAACUCUUCAGUAUGGUUUCUAUACUUGAAAAGUCACUUUUGUUUCUGUGGUUAGAAAUUUGGCAGAAAUAAAGAAAUAAAUCAUUUUG